ACUCGAACUGUCAUCCAUAUUUUCAUCAUCCAUCCAUUCAUCUGAAACAAAAUAGUUUUUCGCAAAUCAAAAACCGACAAAAACAAUGGCAGAAUCUACAAAUUCGGAAGAUAAAAAACUCAAUGAAAUAUUUCUAGAUGGUUGGGAUUUAUAUGAGGAAUUAGAGAAAACAUCUUUACCAUUUUCAAGUGAUGCAUACCAAGAAAAAGUUAAAAAUUCCAUUAAAUCGUUUGAAGAAAGCACAAAAAUUGUCAACCAAAUAGGAAUGUUUAGUCCAAACGAACUUAUCGAUGAAGUUCCAACCGAACAUCUGCAAUAUCUCUUGCUUCCGUUUUUCUUGGCAAAAUUGUCAACCAAACAGAGUGACUCGGAUAGGGCUAGGCUGCUUGAUCUGGCUGAAAUCUAUUACAAUGAUUUCCUACAACGGUGUUCUGAGUAUGAACUCACAGAAGCGCCCAAGAAAUCCGAUAGUAAUAAUACAGUAGCAGAAAGCAAUGGUAAUAAUGGACAAGACGAGUUGGCAAGUCUUCUCCGUGCCGCUCAUUCAAGGAACGAUAAAAUUGCCCAGUUCCGCAAGAAGAAAGAACUGGAUGAGCAAAUCAAACUUCUCCACCAUGCCGUACGCAACGAAAGCAUCGAUGAUGAAGUUAAACGUGACUUCUUUAUCAAAUUCAUAAACCGGAGUAUCAUUGAAUCCAAUGAAGAGCUAGACAGCUUGAAGUUGGAGAAGCAAAUGGUGCAAAUGCGAGCGGCACAAAUUGCAAGCGGUCCAUCUAAGAAAGUAAAAGCUCAAGCUCCUCCCAGACCACCAAUGAAACCAUUCAUCAUCACCCGGGAUAACACACAAAAGGCAGUCUUUGGAAUGGGCUAUCCCAGUUUGCCGGUAAUGACUGUGGGAGAGUUCUACCAUCAGCGUGUUCACGAGGGUAUCUUUCCGAAUGAGGAACAAGUCCAGGAGAUGAACAAACAACAGCAUCUUGCGAGGACGGCCGAUCCCAACGAAAAGGAGGACGAAGAAAAGGCAGCCAAUGAGAUUCUGGAAGAGAACGAUGAUCCAGAGUAUCUACAGAGACAGCGCGGUAUGGAUGAGUACAAGGAUGUAGUGCGUAGGGGCGAUGGCAAUCGCCAUAAUCGCAGCUAGGUUUAAAAUUUCUUUUUUUUUUAUUUAAUCUCCACGAUAUAUUUAAUAAAAUUAUAAAUAUUUGUAUAA